AUGAGCCAAAUGUUCACUUCACGCGCCAGUGCUGGGACAGCAUCCCAGACAGCUGCUGCUGGAUCAAGCCAGGAGAAGGAGCAUAGCCUGAAUGAGAAUGGCGCAAAUCCAUCGGGAGAAGAGCUCUCCGGGCCCAUGUUGGAGCCAUCUGCGUUCAACAAGAACUGGGUGAGGCUGGCUUGGGUGUCUGCGGCGCUGGUCGUUGCAGCACGCAGCACGGAGUUCCUCCCUGUCAAUGUGGCGGUGUUCAUUCACCUCAUGGCAUGGGGGCUGUGGCUGGGCUCAAACAUUUGGACUACCUUCAUUGCAGGCAUCACGAUGUUCAAAAAUCUACCCCGGCAGACUUUUGGAAAGCUACAGGCGAAACUGUUUCCACAGUACUUUGCAGUGGCCAUAGCGGCAGGGGUCCUGCAGAUUGGGACCCUGGCAUUUGGAGUCCCUGGUGGAAUUGCGAGGACACAGAGCAUCACUCUCGGUGUUGCUUUUGUUACUUCGCUGGCGAAUUGGCUGUACGUUGAGCCCGUGGCCACUAAUCUGAUGUUUGAGAGGUACAACCUGGAGAAUGCGCCAGGCGAGAAAGACUCCGCCAAAAUCAAGCAGUUGUACAAGCAAUUUGGCAAAUUCCAUGGCAUCAGCUCCCUACUGAAUCUUGUGGCAUUGGGGGCUGUUAUAUCGCACGGCUGGUGGCUUGCCUCAAAGCUUAGUUUGGGGAUAGCAUGA